GGAUAGCUGAAGAGCCAGAAGGGAGGAGGAUCCCGAUCUGCCCCAGGAAGGGAGACUGAUUCACUAUUACCCCCGCCGGAACGCAUGUCAGUAAUAAUGUACCCGCGGGAGGAGAAGCUGGACAAGCUGUCCCAGGAGGAGAUCAUCUCCAACACCAAGCUGGUCAUGCAGGGCCUGGAGGCUCUCCGCAACGAGCACAACUCCAUCCUGCACAGCCUCCUGGAGACCAUCAAGUGCCUGAAGAAGGACGAGGAGGCCAACCUGGUGCAUGAGAAGUCCAGCCUCCUGCGCAAGUCUGUGGAGAUGAUUGAACUGGGCCUUGGGGAGGCGCAGCUCAUGAUGGCGCUGUCCAAUCACCUGACGGCGGUGGAGUCGGAGAAGCAGAAGCUGCGGGCCCAGGUGAGGCGGCUGUGCCAGGAGAACCAGUGGCUACGGGACGAGUUGGCCAACACUCAGCAGAAGCUGCAGCACAGCGAGCAGAACGUGGCGCAACUGGAGGAGGAGAAGAAGCACCUGGAGUUCAUGAACCAACUGAAGAAGUACGACGAGGAUGUGUCGCCCACGGAGGAGAAAGAGGGGGACCCUGCCAAAGACAGUCUGGAUGAGCUGUUUCCCAAUGAGGAGGAUGAUUCCGGCCAAGGAAUUCCGCACCAACACAGCAGCGCAGCAGCCGCGGCCCAGCAGGGCGGAUACGAGAUCCCGGCGCGGCUCCGCACGCUGCACAACCUGGUGAUACAGUACGCCUCUCAGGGCCGCUACGAGGUGGCCGUACCGCUCUGCAAACAAGCCCUGGAAGACUUGGAGAAGACCUCUGGCCAUGACCAUCCGGAUGUGGCAACCAUGCUGAACAUCCUGGCGCUGGUGUACAGGGACCAGAACAAAUACAAGGAGGCUGCCCAUCUGCUCAAUGAUGCCCUGUCCAUCAGGGAGAAAACUCUUGGCAAGGACCACCCAGCUGUCGCUGCAACCCUCAAUAAUCUGGCUGUUCUUUAUGGCAAAAGAGGCAAAUACCGAGAGGCGGAGCCACUGUGUAAGCGAGCCCUUGAGAUAAGGGAAAAGGUGCUGGGGAAGGAUCACCCUGACGUUGCAAAGCAGCUGAACAACUUGGCGCUUCUGUGUCAGAACCAAGGGAAAUACGAUGAAGUGGAAUAUUAUUACUGUCGGGCCCUCGAGAUCUACCAGGCGCGCCUUGGGCCCGACGAUCCAAAUGUUGCCAAGACCAAGAAUAAUCUGGCCUCGUGUUACCUGAAGCAGGGCAAGUACAAGGCGGCGGAGCAGCUGUACAAGGACAUUCUCACUCAGGCCCAUGUCAAGGAGUUCGGCUCAGUGGACGAUGAUCACAAGCCCAUCUGGAUGCACGCGGAGGAGAGGGAGGAGAUGAGUAAGACCCCCCACAAUGACAGCACCCCCUAUUCUGAGUACGGAGGUUGGUACAAAGCCUGCCGAGUCAACAGCCCCACAGUGAACACGACCCUGCGCAACCUGGGAGCCCUGUACCGCCGGCAGGGUAAGCUGGAGGCUGCCGAGACCCUGGAGGAAUGUGCCCAGCGCUCACGCAGACAGGGUCUGGAUCCAGCCAAUCAGACAAAGGUGGCUCAGCUGCUGAAAGAGGGUGACACCCCCGAGCAGCGACGGAAGGGACGAGAGACCCCCCGGAGUAGUGUGAAGUAUGAGAGUGGAACAGAGGGGGGAGAAGAAGUGAGUAUGGGAGGAGUUGAGUGGAGUGGGGACGAGCGUGGGACACUAAGACGUUCUGGUUCCCUUGGGAAGAUCCGUGACGUUCUGCGCAGAAGCAGCGAAAUGUUAGUGAAGAAACUGCAGGGAGCGGCCCCCCCGGAACCCCGAAACUCAAGUAUGAAGCGAGCGGCUUCCCUCAACUAUCUCAACAAGUCCAGCGACGAGACCUUCCAGGUUUCUCAGAACCUCCUGUCGGAGACCCGUGGGCUGAGCGCCAGCAACAUAGACUUGUCGUCCCACAGCUAAACAGAACCUUCCGACCCAAACGGCCCCCGACCCAAACACUAACAGAGCCUCCGAGUUCUGCACUAAAGGAAACGCCUUCUCCUGCAUUCUCUUCGCUUGAACCCCCACAGCCCAGAACUACCAGCACCGAGACCCCCCACCCGGGGCCCACUCAGAAGCUUUCAUGGACACUAAUGGGGGUGCACUCAGCCCAAGCACCAGUAGGAGAGCACUACUACCCCUUGCACCCUCAGCCAUGGGGUUAUUGUGUAACGGUACCGACCCAUGUCCUGCCGGUGCCAGACCUACCCUAUACCAGUCUCUCUACCGACCCACUGGCUCUAACCCACCCACCUAUACUGGUACCAACCCAUCUAAUGGCUCCAACAGGAGAGCCCCAUAACCCCACCCCCACAUAUACUGGUACCAACCCAUCUAAUGGCUCCAACAGGAGAGCCCCAUAACCCCACCCCCACAUAUACUGGUACCAACCCAUCUAAUGGUUCCAACAGGAGAGCCCCAUAACCCCACCCCCACAUAUACUGGUACCAACCCAUCUAAUGGCUCCAACAGGAGAGCCCCAUAACCCCACCCCCACAUAUACUGGUACCAACCCAUCUAAUGGCUGCCAACAGGAGAGCCCCAUAACCCCACCCCCACAUAUACUGGUACCUAACCCAUCUAAAUGGCUCCAACAGGAGAGCCCCAUAACCCCACCCCCACAUAUACUGGUACCAACCCAUCUAAUGGCUCCAACAGGAGAGCCCCAUAACCCCACCCCCACAUAUACUGGUACCAACCCAUCUAAUGGCUCCAACAGGAGAGCCCCAUAACCCCACCCCCACAUAUACUGGUACCAACCCAUCUAAUGGCUCCAACAGGAGAGCCCCAUAACCCCACCCCCACAUAUACUGGUACCAACCCAUCUAAUGGCUCCAACAGGAGAGCCCCAUAACCCCACCCCCACAUAUACUGGUACCACCCAUCUAAUGGCUCCAACAGGAGAGCCCCAUAACCCCACCCCCACAUAUACUGGUACCAACCCAUCUAAUGGCUCCAACAGGAGAGCCCAUAACCCCACCCCCACAUAUACUGGUACCAACCCAUCUAAUGGCUCCAACAGGAGAGCCCCAUAACCCCACCCCCA